AUGGCAUCCCAAGCACAAGCUCAGGCUCAGGCCCAAGCCCAAGCCCAGCGACCCAAGGUCCAGCCUUGUCGAUACAAGACGGGGAAGACCCUGGGCGCUGGAUCUUACUCCGUUGUGAAGGAGUGCGUACACAUCGACACUGGUCGGUAUUAUGCCGCGAAGGUGAUCAACAAGCGACUGAUGGCGGGACGCGAACACAUGGUUCGCAACGAGAUCGCUGUGCUCAAGAAGGUGUCAAUGGGCCAUCAGAACAUUUUGACCUUGGUCGAUUACUUUGAAACUAUGAAUAACUUAUAUCUGGUCACCGAUCUCGCACUCGGCGGCGAGCUGUUCGACCGUAUCUGUCGUAAAGGCAGCUACUUCGAAUCAGAUGCUGCGGAUCUUAUCCGCGCCAUUCUGUCGGCCGUGGCCUACUUACAUGAUCACGGUAUCGUGCACCGUGACUUGAAGCCGGAGAAUCUACUAUUUCGCACCCCGGAGGAUAAUGCGGAUCUUUUGAUUGCCGACUUUGGAUUGUCCAGAAUCAUGGACGAAGAACAGUUCCAUGUUCUCACUACGACAUGCGGUACACCCGGGUACAUGGCGCCCGAGAUUUUCAAAAAGAGCGGCCACGGAAAACCAGUGGAUAUCUGGGCCAUCGGUGUCAUCACCUACUUCUUGCUCUGCGGCUACACCCCCUUUGACCGCGACUCCAACCUGGAAGAGAUGCAGGCCAUCCUUGCAGCUGACUACUCUUUUACCCCACUCGAAUACUGGCGCGGCGUCUCACAGCAUGGCCGGGAUUUCAUCAAACGGUGUCUGACCGUCGAUCCCGAAGCGCGCAUGACUGCCCAUGAAGCCCUCCAACACAUCUGGGUCAACCCGCCCUACGACCCAUACGCUGACAAGUCCGGCGAAGACUUGCUCCCGACCGUCAAGAAGAACUUCACGCCCGCCGUACACUUCACAAGGCCAUCGAUACCGUCCGUGCGAUCAACAAGCUCCGCGAAGGCGGCGGACUGA